GAAGUCAAAUAUAGUAAAUAAAGUUUGGAUUGAGAAAAAUCAAAGCAGCACCUAUCGCUGUAUUUUUCUCUAAAAACAUUGUUAACAAUUUGAACCCGCACCCUCCUCAUCUGUUGCCGUUCGGUCGUCAGCGAUUGUCCGGUGAACUUGUUCUUGGUUUUGUUAGUGUUCUGCAAUAAUUGCUGAUGCUGCAGCUCAUUUAAGCUGCAGCUUGAGGUUACUACGAUGGCCUCCGCGUAUAACCAAAGUGAUGGCGGCAGAUUUGGAGAUACCAAUAUUGUUGGGCAUGACAAAUGUGAAAGCUACUUUCUUUUCCGAGGCGAAACUACCCUUGGAGAGGGUUUUCGGACCUUCUUAUAUUUUCUUGGUCUUGCUUAUUGUUUCAUUGGAUUAUCAGCUAUAACUGCUCGUUUUUUCCGGUCUAUGGAGAAUGUUGUUAAGCAGUCGAGGAAAGUGGUGGAGAUUGACCCACACACGAAUGCUGAAGUUAUCAGAUAUGAGAAGGUGUGGAAUUAUGCAAUUGCAGACAUUUCUUUGCUUGCCUUCGGGACCAGCUUUCCUCAGAUUUCACUAGCUACUAUUGAUGCCAUACAAAAUAUUGGCAACCUGUAUGCUGGAGGGAUGGGUCCUGGAACACUUGUUGGCUCUGCUGCAUUUGACCUUUUUCCAAUCCAUGCUGUUUGUGUUGUGGUUCCGAAAGCCGGAGAAUUGAAAAAGAUAGCUGAUAUAGGAGUUUGGCUGGUGGAGCUGUUUUGGUCUUUCUGGGCAUACAUUUGGCUCUAUAUAAUUUUAGAGGUAUGGACCCCGAAUGUCAUUACGCUUUGGGAAGCCUUAUUGACGGUAUUGCAAUAUGGUUUACUGCUAAUGCAUGCUUAUGCUCAAGACAAGCGCUGGCCUUACUUAUCUCUUCCUAUUCCAAGAACGGAAAGGCCAGAGGAGUGGGUGCCGGGAGAGGUCCCUUCUCCCACGCAUGAGAACAAUGUGUAUGGGGAAGAAAAUGGGAAUGUUGUUGACAUAUUCUCUAUCCAUUCAAAUAAUGGUACAGGUCCAGUCUAUCAAAAAGUGCCUGUAACAGAUGACGCAGCUGAAUCCUCCAACAAACAUUUUCACCAGGAGAAAGAUUCACAUGUGCUUUCUCUUUGGAAAGAGCAAUUUGUGGAUGCACUCACGAUGGAAAGUCUAGAAACAAGAAAACUAAACAGUAUUCAUCUACGGGUAGCAAGAAUUUCCUGGCAACUAAUCCUUGCACCUUGGAGACUUUUGUUCGCUUUUGUGCCUCCAUAUCAUUUUGCUCAUGGCUGGAUUGCCUUUAUUUUCUCUCUACUAUUCAUCAGUGGAAUAGCUUACAUUGUAACAAAGCUCACUGAUGUCAUAAGCUGUGUCACAGGAAUAAAUGCUUAUGUCAUUGCAUUCACAGCAUUAGCUAGUGGAACUUCAUGGCCGGAUUUAGUGGCGAGUAAGAUUGCUGCUGAACGCCAGACAACAGCAGACUCCGCCAUUGCAAACAUCACUUGCAGCAAUUCGGUGAACAUAUAUGUAGGAAUCGGUGUUCCAUGGCUUAUUGACACUGCCUACAAUUUUUUCAUGUACAACGAACCGUUGCGUAUUCAAAAUGCUGCUGGACUCAGCUUUUCAUUGCUUGUUUUCUUCUGUACUUCUAUAGGCUGUAUUGCUGUUCUCGUGCUCAGGCGUUUGACACUGAAAGCAGAACUUGGAGGACCAAGGAUCUGGGCAUGGGUAACCUUUGUGUAUUUCAUGUUGCUUUGGAUUAUUUUUGUUGUGCUCUCCUCCCUCAGAGUCUCUGGCAUUAUUUGAUAGACAGCUUUUAGCUAAAAUUUAUUUCCGUUCUUUUUGGGUUGCUUCCCAAUAUUUGAAAGGUCUCUUGUAUCCAUUGAAUUCUCUCCAAUUAAGGUCUUUUAGGAUUCCCUUUGUAUCA